AUGACGGACAACACUGAAAGCAAAAAGAUCCCAGAAGGGUUUGAGAGCCUUAUCUCUGCCCUUGAGGCGACCAAGCGUCCUUUCUAUUGCGCCGGCAGCUUGCCAUUUGAUGAGAAUAAGCCCAUUGCCAUUCUGGUUCAGGACGCGUCUGGCGAUUUACCACCCAAAUUCACCCCUGUCUCCUUCCCACUAAAGAAUAAGAGCGACAUCGUGCCUCUCAUCAAUGCGUCCAGUCAGGCGUCAUUUGGGAAGAGAGGGGAAGAGGUGUUUGAUCCUUCGUACCGUCGCGCUCUCGUGCUGCAGAAGAAAGACUUUGCGAUCUAUCCUGCAGGAAGUCUUGACCCCCACGAUCUGGGAAUCCUCAAUUCAAUUUCGAGGAUGCUUCUUCCUUCGUUUUCCCUUCUUACCAAAAACCUGACCGAUCGCCCGGACAUCUACUAUACUGUGGAUGAGGAUGAAGACGUUGGAGGCGCUCGGAUCAUUGCUCGACUGGACAAACUUAACGUUUACUCCGAGGGAGACUUCUUCGGGGGACGCGUCGGCGCCGCUCGCUCCUCAGACAUGUUCGGAACGCUGUUAGUCAACUUGCCCGUCAGACACGAGGGAGGUCAGCUUGUGGUCAGGGCGCCGACGAUAACAGGCAACGACACUGACCUGAAACGCGAUGAGUACACCACGAAAUGGGGAAGUGGUACAGAUCUCGAGUGGAUUGCCUUCUUUUCCGAUUGUGAGCAUGAAGUUUUGCCAGUCACAAGCGGCCACCGAGUGACACUCACAUUCACGCUCUCAUUUGACUACCCCAACAACGGUGCUGAACCAUUCGGCGCCGAGAUCGUAGCUAAAUCUCGAGAUCCCAAGAUUGAACUGCUACAUCGUGCACUCACUGCUCCUGGCAUAUUCACCAAAGAUCACCCUCGUCUGUGUUUCCAUUUGGAACACAGAUAUCCCAUAGAUGGGAUGAGCGAUAUGGCUGAUUCAGUUAAGCACAAGCUCAAAGGUCGUGACGCCGUGCUUUACCAUUUGCUGGUUCAAACGGGCGUCACCGUCACCUUUCACCACGUUCUCUUCCCUGGCGAUCCCGAGUACUGUGGCCUUUUGAGUGAAGAUGACGAGGGUGAAGUGUGUGCAAUACUCCCUCGAUCUGUAGAUCAGCUCGACGCGUGGGGCGAGGAAAGUGAAAGCGGAUUAAACGGAAUCGUCAUUUGCCAAGGAGGUCGCAGCCCUCGACAGCUAGGAAUGAUCGAGGUUACUGGCAAUCCUCAGUUUUUCGUCAGGGUAGAUUAUGUUGUUCACGGCAAUGAGCCUGCCUCGGUUCAUGCGGACUACGGUACCGUAUGCAUGGUGGCAACCAUGCAAGGAUAUGACAUUGACGAGCCCUGGGGGAAGGACAAACCGAAGAAGAACCCCUAUCGCUAUUACUGA